UAAACUGAAACGUGGAACAUUCUCCUUGACACACGGUUGUUAGAAGGUCUGACAGCACAUCAAAUGUUUUCCGGAAAAAAAUAUUUCAUUUCAAUUUAUACAAAUUAUUAACCUCAUUCUCCUUUCGAUUACUAUACGUACGACUGUGAUCUCGUUAGGGUUAUGUUUCUCGUGGUAUGGUCAAACUCAAUAUAAGAGAAACGCAAGAAAAACCGAGGAAAAAUGCCGCCAAGACGGAAAAAUGGGUGCCUGCUGGCAAGGGUAAAUUUUCCGCUUUAUACCCUACAAAUGUUGACGAGUAGACACAUCCUCGUCGGGGGUGGCGGUGGAUCGUCAAAAACUGGUGUUGCCAAUGGAUUCGAAAUUUUUGAGCUCUCGCACAAUGGCUCACACUUUGUAGCAGAGGAAGUGACAAGGCACGAGACAGGACCGAGUGUAGUCAUGAAUUGUGCGUCUUAUACAGAUGGCAAGAGAACUUGGUUGGUUGCUGGCCAAGAGAGUCAUUGUCAGCUUUACAACGUUAGCUCCAAAGUUGUCCAUGUAGAAAAUGGUGAAAUACCAAGACGCAAUAGUGUACUAGAAAAAGAUGGGCUCAGACAGAGGAGAAAGAGCGAGAGAGAGACAACAAAACAAAACCAGCCUAAAGAGAAAGUUGAAGAAAUGAAAGACAGUAAUUCUAAUCUCAAGUCUAAGAAGUUACAGCUCGUUGUCAAGCCUGCUGACAGUAUACAAACAGAUUUUGGGAAAUCUGAAGCUCUCCAGCGGAUAGUACGAAUAAGUACAUGUGGAAAAUUGAUGGCGACGGGAGGCACAGACGGCCACAUUAGGAUUUGGGCAUUUCCACGUCUGGAGAAGUUACACGAGAUCGAAGCUCACGCAAAAGAGAUCGAUGACAUAGAUUUCAGUAGGAAUAGCAAGACCUUGGGAACGAUAGCAAAGGAUGGUCGAGCAUUAUUGUGGAGCGUGGACAAAGGCGUAAUGGACAAAGAGUUGACAUGGUCCCGAGGGGAUGGUGCAAAAUACAUGUACAAGAGAUUGCGUUUUGCGCGACCUUGCGAUGAUCGUUCAAAGGACCAACUUUUUACCCUUUCGAACUCGAUUAUCAGUAAAAAUCUAAGUUAUUUGCAAUUGUGGGACACCCAAAGUGGCAAUAUUUUGAAAAGCGUUGGAUUUUCCGAGACUCUGUCGGCAAUGGCCGUUUCGGACGAUGGAAAAUUCGUUGCUGUUGGGACAAUGUUUUCGGGGAGCGUCGACAUUUUCAUUGCUUUUAGCCUCCAACGUGCACUUCACGUACAAAGUGCUCACAGCAUGUUUGUAACCGGUCUGGAAUUUUUACCCACCAGCCUGGAAGGUCCUGCUAUUACGAGCAACACCGAAACUGCCGUUGUCAGCAUUAGCGUUGAUAAUCGAAUUUGCAUCCACAGCAUUCCUUUUAGGCAUACGCUGCCGUUUUGGUUGGUUCUGAUGUUCAUCAUCUUGAGUAUUUGCGGUGCUUUCGUGAUCUGCAGUUUUUUGGGAAUAUGACCGAAAAGCACGAAAAUACGUCAAACUUUCGUCGUCGUACGUUCCACUUCUAAACUUAUGGAUUGAUUUAUUAAAUUUUAAAUACUUGUAUCAAGAGAUACGGUAGCGGGGCGCAAUAUAUACCUUAAUAAUUCUUGCAUAUUCAUGUUUCACGUACGAGGAUACAACUUAAAAAACGAGUACUGCUCUAGUCCCACUAACGAGCAGGGCUAAUGAAGUCGCAAACGUGAUAAUCGCCUACAAUAUAUCAACAGAGAAUGAAUAGCAAAUAUUUGUAAAUAGUGUGAAUUUGACAUUUUCCAUAUAAUGAAUUAGUGGUUCGUCAAAAAUAAUAAUUAUUGUUGCUGAAGUAAUAGCAAUCGGGUAACCGGGCUAUCGAAAAACUCGUGUAUUCUAAUUCUUUUGCAAUCCUCUUCAAACAUCUCCUCCUAUCACGAUGUUUGACGAUUUCUUAUUUUUAUCAUCAGAUCCAUUGCUUUUCGUUUGUAGCCUCCGGACACUGGGUCAGCGAUUUGACUACCGCUGUUAUCCAAAAAAAAAAAAAUCAGAUUGUUGUCUGAACAAAUUUACUCACAGCAAAGACCAAUAGAAAGAGAAAAAUCAAAUAGAAAUUUCCACCUAUUUUCAAUCUCAUCCCUCCUUGAAAGGUACGUCCGCCGGAAUAACGGCUUCAAAACGCUAUGACGUAAUAAAAUCGGUAUAUUCGUGUAUUUGAGAAUAGGGCAGAGCUCGCGCUGGUUUUUUCUUUUUAUUAAUACUUGGUGCCGAGGCGUGAUGGCGUCUCUCAAUAAAAAAGGCGUUCUCAAUUUUCUUGGAUUUUUUUCAAAGUUUAUAGCUCGCAUAAAAAACGAAAACCGUCUCGCAUUGAAAAUCUGCAAAAGACCCGAAAAAUUUUGAUUACUUGCAUUUCGAGCUAUCAUCCGUUGUGGGCAGUACAACUUUAUCUUUGAACCAUGGGCUAUUAGAGUUGAAAAAAAAAACGAAUAACGCGUGAUUCAGAUGAAUUGACUAUCCAAAAAUAUGCAAGAAAAGGCCAAAUGCGUUUUGGCUGUUAAAAAAUUUGAACUGCCCAAAAGGAAACACUCUCAAAUUAUCUUAUACCUUUUUCAAAGGUUGAUAGCCUCGAAAAUAUAGAAAUUCCAUAUUUUCAUUGAAAGUGAAAGCGUAGAAGGUUCUAAAUAUGAUUAAACGACAGAUUUUAGAUAAUUUUAACAAAAUUUAAAAAUGUAGUUUGAAUGUUUGAAUAGAAGUUGUUUAAAAAAAUCUGAACAAAAACUCGAAAUUUAUGAUAUUUUUAAGAUUUCAUUCAGUCACAAAAGAAAGAAAGAAGAAUCGAAUUGGCAAGGCUCAGAAAAAGUGAAACUUUCAACGAAAAGAAAUAAAUAUGUUGAGUUUUCUUUGUAGCUCUAAUGAUCCUUAACGCAUUCAAUGAAUCACAAAUAAACGAAGCGACAUAUGUUUUAAAAUCCACA